AGCGUCAAUCCAUGAAGGAUGUGUAUAGCGCUUUUCGCUUGAUCGCUUGUACGUAUUUCGGUGUUUAAUUCACACUUUAUUUACUCAAUAAUAAUAAUAAUAUUUGGAACGUUCCAGUACUUAUAAGAAAAUGGAUACGCGUUCGGCCGUUCGUUGUUUUCAGAAUAAUUUUUCAAUUGAUAAUAUAUUAUCGAAACCAAAUACAGGCAAAUGUAGUGAAUAUUUUUCGGCGUUAAGUGAUUCGAAUAAAAAUGCCCCAGAACCUGUGACACAAUGUAAAAAUGUUGAACAUUUAGAAGUUGAAAGUGAGAUCAAUAUUGAAGUGCAAUCACGAGUAGAAUUAUUAACAUCAAGCCCGGUGUCGAGCUGCACAGGAGACGGCAUAGAAGAUUCGAAAAGUGAUGUUGCAUCUGAAGAUGGCAGUAACAUUAAUGACGAUCGUAAAAAGCGACCACGAACCGCUUUCUCAGCAUCUCAGAUUAAAACCUUAGAAACGGAAUUCGAGCGAGGCAAAUAUCUCUCUGUCGCCAAGAGAACAUCAUUAGCUAAACAGUUACAUUUAACCGAAACGCAGAUCAAAAUUUGGUUUCAAAAUCGACGCACUAAAUGGAAACGGAAAUACACGGCUGAUGUUGAAUCGCUCGCCUCCCAUUACUAUGCACAAUUAGGCAUUGGUGGUCUAGCCCGCCCAAUGGUGGUCGGUGACCGCCUCUGGCUCUUUAGCCAAACACCGUCUGGUCCCACACCAUUUCAGUCGAUCAUGUUAAACGGCGGUGUAACAUCGACUUCGAUGGCAGCUAAGAUGCGUCCUUACAGCACAAAUUUACCAUCCACAUCCAGUGGUUCUGCGACUCCGGCUCUAAUGCCGCCAUUGCCAGUGAUUGAGAGUGCGCGAAACGCUAUAUUAGCGCGAGGGCAACCGCUGAAUUUCGCCCUACCCUACAGUUUGGCAACCGCAGCCACUACAGGUGCUAAAAGCACAGAUAAUAACGUUAACGGACCACCGCAGUUGGGGUCCCCAGCCAAGCACUACAGAGCGUCGGGUGAGUUUGUGGAUCGCUUCUUGGAGUAUAACACUCUUCCAAUGACUCUAGUCAAUGUUAACUCAUACUGCCACAACGAAAAUUUAUUAACAAAUAACUCUACACAUGACACUUACUUAGCGUUAAAAUAUGGUGCGAUACCACUAGAAGAUGAUCCAACGACCUCGAACGGCUUGGCCGAGCUUGAACGAGUCUUUGGCGAUACUAACGCCAACUUCUUGCAAAAGAGAAUCAACGACGCCAAUUUGAAUGGAAGUGAAAAAUUGGGCUCAUCACGCAAUCCAAGAAACCACUUGAUGCCAUUCUUUUCGGACUCCGACUGCAGCGAUAUAGAUUGUGAACAAAUCGAUGAACCUGACGACGUUUAAAUUUUCUUACAAAAUGUAAAUAUUUAUAGAGGUUUAUACCUAAUAAUAGAGGACAAUUGUUUUAUUAAAUAUCAUAUGGAAUACUACAGUUAGCUCUAUCAAAAAAAUUUCAUACUGGGCACAAUAAAUUAAUUAAUUUACUUUUACUCAAAUAAGAGAAGAACAAUGUUAACCAAUAUGCACCAUUUAUAUAAAUAUUGAACUCUCCAUAGAUUUAAAUUGGAAAAUAUUUAUCUAUAUUAGAAUGUUUAGUGGACUCGUUACUUGAAGUUACGAGUUUGGGUAAAUUGAAGCAUCACGACGUUUGUAUAAAAAUUAUGUCAACUAUCAACUAAAUGCAAAUCAUUCGUAUACAAAUCACAACAGUUCCUUACUUGGUAAAUAGGAAACAAUACAAAUGCGCACAUAUUUAACAGAAAAUCUUAUUUUUUUUUUUAUUUGGAAACUUUUUAUCAAUGUACACAUGUAUAUAUAUGUAUAACUUAAAGGUCAAUCACACAAAAAUUGAACAAAAAGCAAUGUUUACAUUAGCUAUUUGAUGGAGAACACAUUAAAUAGAACUAAUGUACGUAACCAAAUGAGAGAAAAUAUUUCUCUAAGGAAUUUACAGCGUUUUGCUAACGCUUACAAAAGUAAUAGUGUGUAAAUAGUUUUUUUUUUAUAUUACAUAUGUAUCUUCAAUAUCUUUAUGUAUAUAGUUCUAGCUUCAUUAAUAUAUAAAUAAAUACAACAAAGUCAAAAUUUA